CAAAGAUCAUGGCGGAAUUGCCAUCGAAUGUUUUCGAUUUUGUGUGACUAAGAAUGUUCAUAUUUCCGUUGUGAGUGAUCGAAACUUUAAAAUGGCAAGCGAUUACGAUAACGACGAUGUCGCUUGUUAUUUUACGACCAAACACUCGUGGAGGGGAAAGUAUAAGAGAGUGUUCUCCAUCGGAUCGAAAGCGGUAACAACUUACAAUCCUUCUACUUUUGAAGUCACCAAUCAAUGGGCUUACAAAGAUUUUCUCAACAUCAUGCCAAGCUUGAAGGCACCAACAGAAGUCAUCAUUGUUGUGAGAAAAGCCAAAGAAGGCAAAAAGACUCAGAAUAUGACAUUUUCGACUGAGCACAGAGAAGACCUUAUCACAGAGGCUUUAAAAUUCUACAAAGACUUUGCUGGUUAUAAAAGUGGAAGUGAAUUGAAGUUUAGUGGUUAUAAAUUACAUUGGAGUGAACGAAAGGUUCCUGUGACGUUAGAGGUGUCACCAGGCUCACUGGAUCAGAUUGAUCCAAGAGAUAAUAAGAAAUUGGCUUCUUACAACUAUAAGGAUAUAGAACUGAUUGCAUUGGUCUCAGAUUAUCCUGGGGGAUUUGUUGUUGUCUGUGGUGGUUUUAGCAGAAUGCAUCUUUUCACAUCAGACAGGAGAGAGGAACUGCUGAAGAAGAUGAUGGAAUCUUCUUUCAAUAAUGUUGGUGUUACGAUAAAGCAGAAGAAAAGUUCCAUCAAAGUGGAGUCGUUUUUAAAAUUCAAAUUUGGAAAAUACAGCGAUGACGAACAUAUCACAUCAAUGUCAGAGUUCAGUGUCUAUAAACAAACUCCUCGGAGUAAAGAUCCUGUUCAAAGAACGCUGUGUUUCUCAGAAAUGUGUCUUUUGGAAAGAGAUCCCGCGACGUACAACAUCGUCACCCUUCAUCCCCUUAGCUCAAUAUUUUCAAUAAUUCGCUAUCGAGACCAUCCUCAGUUGUUCGGGCUGGAAUACACAAGCGGUCAGCUGAGAAAGUACUCGUCUCCUGACAGGGACACAUUAUUGGCUGGUUUGCUUGACGGUGUUAGAGCCAGUGGAAACAGAGAUGUUUGUGUGAAAACGACCCCGACGAAGAGAGGUUAUCGUUGGGGUCCAUUGUAUAAUGUUGUUGACGAAGAAGUGGAAAGCAGUCAUUUAAAAUUCCUUGCUGCGCCUCCAGGAAAUUUAACCGAAGCUGUGUACAGGUUUAACUGCAAUAUUUCCUACAGCGGUCUACUUCAUGCAGUCACGCAAGACGGACUUUUCUCGGAGAAUAAAGAAAGACUUAUCAUUAAAGCCAUCACAAUGCUCAUUGCUCACGAAGGAGACCAAAAUAAAAUCUCAGAUAAAGAUCUUGAAGCACAGUUUCACGCUUUGAGACGAUUGGUUGCAUCCAAAGCAGGUUUCCGCGCCUUCACAACGCUCACUGGCUUCCGUGAGAAGGUUGGUGUGAAAACUGUGAAAGCUUUGAAGAGGAAUAAUGAAGCCGUGACUCACGCCGCUGUCGACAUGCUGUGUGCUUUGAUGCAGCCAAUGCACGAUAACUAUGACAUUCGUCAAGAACAGAUAAACAAAAGCUCUUUGUUAUCCUCGGAAAAAUUUCUAAGCAGUUUGUUGGGAAUUCUCACGAUAAAUGUGAAUCGUUCUACUGGAGCUUUAGUUAUCAGUGGAUUACUUGAUUUUCUGACGUUUGCUCUGUGUCCUCCUUACAGUGAGACAACAGACGAUGAACAGUUCGGGAAAUUACUGGAGAAAGUUGCAGAAAUGGGUCGUUGCAUUUAUCGAUUGUUUCAGCAUCCGUCGACAACAAUUGUGAAAGGUGCUGGAAUGGUUCUGAAGGCGAUAAUCGAGGAAGGUGAUGAAGAAACUGCAGCAAAAAUGCAAGAUCUGGCGCUUGCCGAGGGCGCUCUACCAAAACAUUUACACAUGGCCAUGUUCACGCAAAGCACUGAUAGACGUUUGCUAAUGAACAGGCAAUUGAGUCGACAUCUUGUAGCUCUCUGGACGACUGGUCAUCCAACAGCAAUGGCAUUACUCGCGAGAAUAAUGCCUGCUGGUUUGCUGUAUUUCCUUGAAAGCCCUGACGAGUUAUCAAUUCGUGACAACGUAAAGCUUGCAGAAAGCUCUGGAAAAGCAAGAGGAACGUUGAGGAAUCAACUGGAAGGAUAUCUCUCGCAUUGGAGGACAAAAAUAGGAUUCAAAUCUAGGAAAGAUACGAGUCAGAAACCUGUCAUUCUGCGAAAUCGAAAACAGAACAUUAAAAGUGAACAAAAUUGGGAUUUGUUUUAUUACAAAUUCAGUCAAGAUCUCACAGCGUACAACUUGAUUUGGAAUUACAAGACGCGAGAGGAACUACGUGGGGCCCUGGAAUCUGAGAUGCGCGCAUUUGCAAUGGAUAAAGAUCUGAGUGGAAACUACGUUGUCUCUUGGAAUCACCUGGAGUUUGAAGUUCUGUAUGAAUGUUUAGCUGAUGAGCUGAAAAUAGGCGACUAUUAUUUGAGGGUCUUGUUGGAACAAAACGACGAGGAGACGCCGAUAACAAAUGCACUCGAGUUCUUUAACGAUCUGUACCACAGAUUCCUGUUGACAACUAAACCAACUAUGAAAGCCAUGUGCCUUCAGGCGAUGACUAAAGUUUAUGGAAAAUGUCACGAAGAGAUUGGCGCUUUUAAUGACACCAAGUAUAUUGUGGGAAUGCUAGACAGAACGUCAGAUAAAUUAGAAAGAGAUCGUCUGCUGUUCUUCCUUAACGAACUUACAAAACAUCAGCGCAAUGUUAAAGCCUUACUGGAUGUAAACGCCAUCAAAGGUCUGGUAGAACUUAUGACUUUGUGCCAUCUUCACACAUCAAGAGCAACCGUUCCCUUACAGACGAAUCUCCUUGAAGCAGCUCCUGACAGCGGUCUGGGUGGUGAGAAAGAAUGGUAUUAUGGCAACAAAGAGAAGGAACGUCUUGGACCAUUUAGUUUUGAUGAGAUGAAAGAAUUUUGGAAUGAAGAAGCUGUGAAUCCUUCAACACGUUGUUGGUGUCAAGGCAUGGAUGGCUGGCGUCCAUUGCAGCAUAUUCCGCAGCUGAAAUGGUUCCUACUCGCCUCGGGCACUCCUCUGAUGAACGAAACAGACAUGGCGGUUCUUAUUCUCAAUAUGUUGAUACGAAUAUGUUCGUACUAUCCCAACAGAGAUUUCGAUGGAGCCAUUGUUCGUCCCUUGCCACGUGCUAAACGAAUGUUAUCUGAAGCAACCUGCCUCCCUCACAUCGUCCAGUUGUUACUUACGUUCGAUCCAAUCAUUGUGGAAAAAGUCUCGGUGCUAUUAAACGACAUCUUACUGGACAACCCAGUGAUUCCUAGAUUGUAUCUAACUGGUGUGUUCUUCUUUAUCAUGAUGUACACUGGAUCAAAUCUUUUGCCCAUUGGAAAAUUUCUCGCCGAAACUCACAUGAAACAGUCAUUUCGAUCGGAACAGAAUCAAGGUGGAGAGAUAUCCCUGCGAAGUAUUUUAGGCCCAAUCCUCCCUGAAGCUAUGAUAUGCUACCUGGAAAAUCACGGCUGCGACAAGUUUUCGUCCAUCUUUCUGGGUGAAUUCGACACGCCUGAGGCGAUCUGGAGCAGCGAAAUGAGGCGUUUUAUGAUCGGCAAGAUUGCAUCACAUCUUGCAGACUUCUCCCCCCGUCUUCGCAGCAACACGAAGGCCUUAUACCAGUACUGUCCCAUCCCGGCGAUCUCGUACACUCAACUGGAAUACGAACUAUUCUGCAAUAUCUACUAUUUACGUCAUCUCUGUGAUACGCAACGCUUUCCCGAUUGGCCAAUCAAAGAACCGGUGAAAUUCCUCAAAGAUCUUUUGGAAGCUUGGCGAAAUGAGGUGGAGAAGAAACCGCCGGAUCUUUCAGUUGAACAAGCUUUGAAGAUUUUAAAUUUGAAGAAAAAACCUGAAGAAUAUGACGAAGCGAAGAUUCGUAAAGCUUACUUCAGAAUGGCACAGAAAUACCAUCCUGAUAAAAACCCUGAAGGACGGGAUAUAUUUGAACAAGUGAGCAAGGCAUAUGACUUCCUAUGUUCCAAAUCAUCUCGUAAAGUGCUUGGCCCUGACCCGCGGAAUAUCAUCCUAAUACUACGAGCACAAUCUAUUCUCUUCAGUCGUUGCAAGGAAGUGUUGGAGCCAUACAAGUACUCCGGUUAUCCAAUGUUGAUCAAAACGAUUCAAAUGGAAAUCGAAGAUCCAAAGGCGUUUAGUAAAGAAGCAGCGUUGCUGCCCUCUGCUUGUGAACUCUGUUAUCACACGGUGAACACGUCUGCCUUGAAUGCUGAAGAAUUGAGGAGGGAAAACGGCAUUGAGAUAUUACAAUCUGCAUUGUCUCGCGCGAUUGAUCUCAUUGGAGGCUCAAGUAAAUCUGGGGAUGUGCCUGUCCAGGUUUGUUGCCAUAUUGUCCACUGUUAUGCUGUUGCGUCCCAGUUUGAAAAAUGUCGCGAAAAGAUUGCUGAGAUGCAAAUCAUCGUCCAGGAGCUAUGUCGUUUGUUAUAUUACAAGAAUCUUCCAGGUUUGUGUAUCCUCAGCUCUGAGUGUGUCAGUAGUUUCUCAGUUGAUUUUUGGCUACAGACACAUUUGCUACAGGCAGGAGUAUUAUGGCAUCUCUUGUCUUUCAUGUUCAACUACGAUUACACCUUAGAAGAAGGAGGUGUGGAAUCUUCUGCAGAAACAAAUCAACAGGAAAUCGCAAACGAGUUGGCGCGAAAGUCAGUACGAGCCGUUGCCCGUCUUGGAGGCUACCUGGAAGGUGACGAAAAGACUCCUGAAAAUCCAGCCGUGAAGAAAUCUUUGGACGCCAUGUUGACUCCAUAUCUUUCACGAAAGCUCCACAACUCUACACCACAAGAGUUGCUGAAACUUCUCAACAGCAACACAGAGAACCCGAACUUGAUCUGGGACAAUGGAACUCGUGGUGAGAUCAUGAAGUUCUUGGGCGAGGAACAAGAAAGAAAAAUAACAACGGGAGAGUGUGAUCCGUCAUUUGGAGCUGACUUUGUGUUCAGUGUCUUUGAAAAAGAAUUGAUAAUCGGCGAGAUAUUCGUUCGGGUUUACAACGAUCAACCUGCCUAUCCACUCGAGAACGCAAAGAAAUUUGCUUCAGAUUUACUCAACUAUAUUGGGAACCAGGCUCAGUAUCUCCACUCUCUGUUGCAACUGCAAGCAACGUCAAGUGAAACGACAGAGUCUGAAGCACAACAACAAAGAUUUGAGCACGUUGCAAUGGCCUUGGAAGCUUUGAGAAAUGUUAUCAAAGCCUCACCAGGGGUCGAAGAGAAAUGCAUAGGACAAUUCAAGUUGAUAUUUUCACUCCUGCGCAUGUCUGACGCAACCAAACUUCAGCAACUCGCUUUGGAGGUAAUCAGUAAUGUAACUGGAAACAAAAACUGUGUGUCAGACAUCGCUGAUUCCAAUGUCGUAUCCUAUCUUCUUCUAACCUUGUACACACUUUCUACAUGUCGUCCAUUGGUUACGGAGACGCUGCAUGCGCUGUGUUCCAACACAAAAAUCGUAAAAGAAGCUCACGGCAAAGGAGCCUUGGUGUAUCUCCUCGACUUGUUCUGUAAUUCACCUAAUCCAGCCGUAAGAACAAAAGCAGCGGAAUUGUUCAAUAAAAUGAUGGCGGAUAAACUCGUAGGUCCCAAAGUGAAAAUAACGAUGUCGAAAUUCUUGCCCACUAUAUUCAUGGAUGCGAUGAGAGAAAAUCCUGAAGUUAGUGUUCACAUGUUUGAAGGAAUUCAUGAAAAUCCUGAGCUAGUUUGGAAUGAUGAAUCCAGAGAGAAAGUCUGUAGCGUCAUCAAAAAAGAGAGAAGCAAAUUCUAUAAGAAACAGAAGGACGAUCCUGAGGCAUCGUGGAAGCUUCCAGAUGACUUUGAAGUGGUUUACUCGAACGUUGAAGGAGAGUUGGUCGUUGGAGGAGUUUAUCUUAAUCUAUUCAUUGCUCAACCACACUGGGUCUUAAGAAAACCAAAGGAGUUUCUCCUGGAUCUCAUGGACAAAUACGCUGCAUUAUUGCGUUCCCCUUCACCUGAUGGUCAAAUUUUGGAAACAUUUACACAAGCUGUUGUGUCAAUUUUCACUGUUCAACCCGCUCUGGCAGAUCAAAUGCCAAGCUUGGGCCAUCUGCCAGCGAUUUUCAAGAGCAUGAAAUCCAGUAAUGAUGCAAUUCCGCGUUCAGCCAUUCAAGUCAUUCAUAUCUUGUCUAGCAACGAGUUUUGUGUCCGAAGUCUAGCCGAAGUCGAUGUAAUUCGUCCGAUGAUAGCAGCGAUGGACGCCCGACCCGAUAUUAUCGUCCUCGCUUGUGAAGCCUUACAUCAAAUAUUUGACAAGAAUCAGAGUGCUUUGGUCGAGCAGGCGGUGAAAGCAGAACUGGUUCAAUAUCUUCUCAAAUUACUCGAGACCGAUCUGAAAGUUGCGUACAACAUCGAGAAUGCGGCCGCCUCGAAAGCACAGAUCGUGAAAGCCUUGAAAGCCAUGUCAAGAGAUUUCUUACAUGGGGAAAAGGUUCUUGAAAUCCUCGAUAAAUCAGAGGUGUGGGCGUCAUACAAAGAUCAGAAACACGACUUAUUCAUCUCAGAUCGUAACAUUUCUGGUUAUUUAACUGGACCCAUGGGAGUCGCCGGUUAUUUGACUCAGGGAGCGGCAAAUGCGAACGCCAUGCCGAAUAAACCCCCACCUAUCGAGAACGUCCUUGAAGAUGAGAAUAAUUAACAAAUAUCGAAAUUUGGAAUUAAUGAAUGCCAUUGCUACAGAUCAGAGUCUUUAUCAAACCUGGACCCUCUGAUCUUAAAUGGAAACUGUAAUGCGCAAUACUCAAGCUUUCCUUCUGGUGAUAAGAUGGGAUUAUUUUUGAAAUAAAUAAAGAAACGCA